CCUAGCUGCUAGGCCAGAGGCUGAGGGGGGCAUGCCAAUGGCUGAGUUCUCUGGCAGUUUCUGAGAUCGGGUGCGCUGGGAGGGGGUCUCUCUCAAGCACUGGCAGGUCGCCAGGGAGGUCAGUCUAGCUAGCUACAAACAUCACUGUCAACCGGGCUGAAAGGGGCCUUUCACAGACUGCAGUUGACGUGCUCCCUGGUGGGCUGCAGACUCGGCAGAAUUGAGAGUGGAACGAAGCUGCCGUUGUUCAUCUAUUGUAUGCAUGCAUGCGUCAUUCAUUUAAGCGCGAUCAGGGGUUCCUUGGAAUGACGGGGGCAGUUGAGUAGCACUCCUGAAACACUCAACUCAGCAGACGGCAGCUCGCUGCCGAGGAACGUUGAAGCAGUAAAGCGGUGACACAUACUGCAGCGUGCAUCCAACUCAAAGUAGACUCUGCUGUGGGUCACAAUGGGGGCUUCAAUCAGUCACGCAGAUGCUAAUGUCACCACUCCUCUGCCGCCCCCUUUGGGCACAGUUCCAGAGAAAGGCGCAGCGGGGCCGCCCGUGGGGCUUCAGCAGUUGGUCGAACCGCCGAAAGAGAUUGAGCGCACCGACUACUUGAACUUGCCCACGCCAGUCAAGUAUGAGGAGAUCCAAAAGGAAGCGCUUUAUUCGCUCAAGCCCGAGCUUUUCGAGGGCUGCCGCUUCGACUUCACGCGACCGCUGAGCCCAAAGUUUGCGCUGACCCAUGGCAUCCUGAUGGGGCCGAUGGAGGUCCCUCAGCAGACGCCGCAGAUUGUGAAGGUGGUGCACUCGCAGUAUGAGUUUGGAGCCAACUAUGUGUGGGACCGGGGCAUGCUGGUGGGUCGUAUGCUUAACACAGGGGCCAUGAACGCGCGCGCCGUCAUAGCCCUUUCCGAGGACUGGACCUUCAAGAUGAACUCUCAGCUUAGCCCAGAGCCACAUAGCUCCAUCGCCAUGUUCGACUUCGAUAAACGGGGACCCGACUACCAAGCCCAGAUAAAGCUGGGGAACAACGCCUUCUACUCCUUUAACUACCUUCAGAGCGUCACCAAGACCCUUUCUCUCGGCGGGGAAAUCUUUUGGCUGGGCAAGCAAAGAAAGUCGGGCUAUGGUUUGGCGCUGAGACACCAGGAAGGGAAGGGGGUCUUCUCCGCGCAGGUGGCCAGCACGGGCAUGGCGGCACUGACGUACAGUCACAAGCUCAGUGACAAGGUGAACCUUGCGAGCGACCUGUCGUACAACUGGAAGAACGGCGAGGCGGUGUCCUCAGUAGGCUACGACUACAACUUGAGAUCAUGCCGCCUUCGAGGGAAGCUGGACACGAACGGUGUUGUGGGCGCACUGCUUGAGGAGAGGUUGAACGUGGGCGUCAACCUGCUGCUGUCGGCCGAGGUUGACCACUGGCGGAAGGAUUACAAGUUCGGUUUUGGCAUGACUGUCGGAGAGUAGCUGAGGAUUCUUUGUGUAGAUAUGGCUAGGCAGGAUCAGGUGAGUGUCGCGGAAUGUUGAGGCUGGGAAGGCUUCGAUCCAACAAUCGCAAGCGUAGGUCAGAUUGUUUGUUGUCAGUAAAAGUCCUCUAGCUCUGAGCGACUGGGCAAGCGACGCCUCUGAAAAAUGCUUCUGAAUGAUUGACGGUUGUGCAUACAACCAUCUUGUUGGUUGCAACGAAAAGCACCAACUGGGCACCUAGUUGGCAGCUUGAACUUUUCCUGAGUUCUGCUGGUUGUCAAUCAAAGUCGGGCUGGCAACAUUGAUUGCCAGAAGUGCUGGCAAGUCUUUCGGUCCAAGAUGUUUGGCACUGUUUCUCAGUUGACCCAUAUGGAGGAUACUUAUUGAAGAUGGUCUACAAAGCUGAUCCGAGCAUGAGGUUUCCUGUUUCUCGAUGUAAUCAAUCCGGUGUAUCUCC